CCAAGAGACAGUUUCACCAUAUUAAAUUAUCUAUAUACAUCAAGAAGCAUGGCCCCUGCACUUACUGAGGUUUCAAAUGUUGUGCCCAACAUUGUUGAAACGACAAAGUCUGUCGCAAAAAGCCUUCAACAAGAGCCUUUGCAGUUGAAGGGUGCAUUGGAUCAAUUCGAGUCAUUUGAUGUCACUCCUGUCAUUGGAAAGGAGUUCCCAAAUGCAAGCCUAAAGGAAUGGCUCGAUGCUCCCAACUCUGACGACCUCCUUAGAGAGCUAGCCAUCACUGUAUCCCAGCGAGGAGUGGUGUUCUUUCGGAAACAAGAUGAUCUGGAUAAUGAUAGACAGAAGGAGCUGAUUCACCGUCUUGGUCAGCUUGCUGGAAAGCCAAGUACAUCAACCUUACAUAUCCACCCUGUGUCCAAUUCUAAACGUGAGCAUGGUGGAAAGGAUGAUGAGAUCAGUGUCAUUAGCUCUGAACAGGCAAAGAAGUUGUACAAGAGGAACUAUUACAAAAAACAGAGUCAAAAGAGUAGCUGGCACAGUGACAUUACCUUUGAGCCAGUGCCAAGUGACUAUGCCGUUCUGCGUCUAACACAGUUGCCAAAGUCUGGUGGAGAUACCCUCUGGGCUUCUGGUUAUGAAGUGUACGACCGCAUUUCAGAGCCGUACCAGAAAUUUCUGGAAGGAUUGACAGCAACUUACGCACAGCCUCUCUUUAACCAGAGCGCAAAGGAGAAUGACUUCGAACUUUUCGCAGGCCCAAGAGGCUCUCCUGAGAAUGUAGGGGACGAGUUAAGAGCCAUUCAUCCAGUUAUCCGGACGAACCCUGUUACUGGCUGGAGGAGCGUUUUUGCAGUUGGCCACCAUGUCGAGAAAAUCAACGGACUGUCAGAUGAAGAAAGCAAAAAUCUCCUCGACUGGUUCGUGAGAUUGAUUGUUGAAAAUCAUGAUUUGCAAGUCCGUAACAGAUGGCAGAGCCCCAAUGAUCUUGGCGCCUUCGUCAUAGCUAUCUGGGACAACCGGAGUGUGUACCACAGUGCAACCAAUGAUUUUGAGGGUCUCGGACCCAGAGCAGGUCAGAGAGCCGUCAGUAUUGGUGAAAGGCCAUAUUUCGACCCAAAUAGCACCGGUAGACGUGAGGCUCUGGGAGAUUUGGACGUCAGGGUGUGA